GAAGCAGCCAGGCCCCCCUCAGUCGCGGGAACAGACUUCACAUUGGGAAGUCCAGCCCACCUCGACCCCGGAUCUUGAACCCCAAUCAGGCCUGGGCAUGACGGAUGUCAGAGAUGUGAUGGGGCCAGCCGCGCGGGCCGGGCGGGCCGCGGGUUGAGCCUUGUCGUUUCCUGCCAAUGGCGCCACGCUGAAUGGUCAUCGCCCACCCCGAGCCUCAAGCGAGCCAACACGACCAGGCGACACAGCCGCGACCGUUCCGGAAACGCAGGGUCCUGCCAAAGAGCCAGGAGCCGACUCCCAAGCGAGCACGACAGGCCAAGGAGCUCGAGAUGGGGCCUCGAGAUGGGGCCAUUGGUGUCUCUGGCGCGCGCCUGUUGGGCAUAUAAUCCCGAGCUGCCCGUCGCUCGUUCUCCAGGAAAUUUUUUAGAAGACAUCCGGCUUCAUCGGUUCUCCACCCAGGUCCUUCUUUCACCUUGGCUUCUUUCGUUUUGGUUACUCGCCUCACUCCAGUCACUCUCUCGACACUAGACGAUCCCUCCGUCCGCUCAUAUCGACUUGAUAACACCCACACUUUCAUUCUUCCACUUCAGCUCAACACUCUCCGUCAACAUGCUCUCCCCCACCACCAUCUUCGUCGCCCUCCUCUCGGUGGCCUCGGCCCUCCCUACCGAGGGCGAGCACGCCUUCAAGCCCGCCGGCCCCGGCGACUCGCGCAGCCCCUGCCCCAUGCUCAACGCCAUGGCCAACCACGGCUUCUUCCCGCGCAACGGCCUCAACAUAUCGAUGGCCCAGCUCAUCUCCGGCCUCCGCGACGGCGUCAACCUGGACGAGGGCGCCACCAGGGCCGUCGCCACCAUCGGCAUGAGCGCCUCGACCACGGGCAACCCCGACACCAUCAACCUGGCCGACCUCAACAAGCACGGCGUCAUCGAGCACGACGCCUCGCUGUCGCGCGCCGACACCUUCACGGGCGACAACCACUCGUUCGACAAGACCAUCUUCGCCAUGACCGUCUCCAACUGGCCCGACGCCAAGAUUAGCAUCGAGCAGAGCGUGAGGGCCCGCAACGCCCGCAUCGCCGACUCCAAGGCCAAGAACCCGCAGUUCGCCAUGAGCGCCCUCGCCGUCCAGGGCUCGUUCCUCGAGAACUCGCUGAUCCAGGUCGUCUUCGGCGGGGGCCCCAAGGGCGGCGCCGACAAGAAGAUGGUCGUCUCCUUCUUCGAGAAGGAGCAGCUGCCCUACGACCUCGGCUACAAGAGGCCCGAGAAGUCCAUUACCCUUGCCGACUGCCAGGCCGUCAUCGGCCAGAUGGUCGCUGUCAAGGCCUAAGGUGGCAUGCGCCGGUGUUUUGACGUGGGGUGUACAAAAUGAUUUUUCAUAGACUGUCUGUUUUUGAGCGGUGCGAGGGCAUAGGAAAAAAAGGGAAUCAUAUCAUACAAGUUGUUCAACAAUAACGCCGAUGAGACCCGUGACACCGUGACAGCAUAUGAUUUGAGUGCUA